AUGCUUGUACCGUUGGUAAAGGUUCUCUGUGGUUUCCGAGAAUGGCGACUCGCUUUCGACGGAGAUGUGAAGGAAAUGUUCCACCAGAUGAAGAUUCGCGUCGAGGACAGACAAAAGCAGCGGUUUCUCUAUAGGAAGGAUCCAAACGAUCCACCGAGUAUCUACGUCAUGGACGUAGCAACCUUUGGGUCGACAUGUUCCCCAUGUUCGACCCAAUUUGUAAAAAACAAAAACGCAGACGAGUUCGCAGGUCGAUAUCCGGAAGCAGCCGCGGCCAUCAUUAAACGGCACUCCGUAGACGACUAUUUCGACAGCGUUGAAUCCGUCGAAGAAGUAGUAAAGCUAGCGCGAGAGGUGCGUCUGGUACACCGAAAGGGAGGCUUCAAAAUCCGGAACUGGGUGUCUAACGCGCCAGAAGUGCUCCAGAGUCUGGGAGAGACGAAACCAGUCGCACCAGUACACUUUAACCAGGACAAACAAACGUCGAAGGAGCGAGUUCUAGGAGUGAUCUGGGAUUCGAACACAGAUGAAUUCGCAUUCUCCACGACGCACCGCGAAGGGCUACUUCCGUACCUGUUCGAAGAAAAGAGGCCGACAAAACGGAUUGUAGCAAGCUGUGUGAUGGGGUUCUUCGAUCCGCUCGGUUUGUUGGCACCAAUCACCAUCCACGGCAAAAUCAUCAUCCAACACCUGUGGCGUUCCAGCUGCGAUUGGGAUCAGGAGAUCGAUACCAAGUGCUGGGAGUUGUGGAAGCAGUGGACCGAGCUGUUGCCAGAAGUGGAAGCCAUACGAAUUCCUCGUUGCUACAUCGGCGAUGCCAAGCGCGCUGAAGUCGAGUCGUUGGAAGUGCACAACUUUACUGAUGCCAGCGAACAUGCGUACGGAUGCGUGGCAUACCUGCGAGCGGUGGUGAGAGGAAUGGUACCUUCGCGAGCGAAGGUUGCACCGAUAAAGCGGCAAUCAAACCCUCGUCUAGAGUUAAUGGGCAUGGUUCUCGGGGCCCGUUUGAGUCAGUCGGUUUUGGAAAACCAUUCGUACGACAUCUCUCGCACCGUCUUCUGGACAGAUUCUCGUACAAUUUGUAGCUGGAUCAAUUCCGACCAACAUCGCUACAAGCAAUUCGUAGCAUUCCGCAUUGGAGAAAUCCUAGAGCUCACUAAGAUGUCAGAUUGGCGAUGGAUACCGACGAAACUCAACAUAGCGGACGUACUGACGAAGUGGAGGCAAGGCCCGCCGCUUCAAAGCGAUGGUGUAUGGUUCAAAGGACCGGAAUUCCUGUACCGGCCAGAAGAUACGUGGCCAUCGAAACAGUCGAUCGUUGAAGAAACGGAGGAGGAAGUACGAGGGGCAGUUUUGUUCCACGAAGUGGUGAAUGUAGAAGCAAUUUCUUCGUGUACAAGACUUCUACGAGUGACGGCUACGGUGGUGCGCUUCAUCGACAAUUGCCGUCGUAAACGACGUGGCGAGUCGACUUUAACGACACGGGCUGCGACGAAGCAGCAUCGAAUAUUGGAGCUGUGCAAACCCCCCUCAAGCAAGAUGAACUCAAGCGAGCAGGAAAAAUCCUGUGGCGUCAUGUGCAGUUGGACAGUUUUCCGGACGAGAUGA